AUGACAACCAGACUUCUUGCCUCAUUUAAUGUCUUGGACAACCACUCCAAGAAAGUCCUGGAUGGGCAUGCAAGGAAGAGUCGUCUGCUGAGUCAUGCCCCCCGAUGCUGCUGUGCCUCCUGCAGGAAGCCAGACCUGGUCCUGCCUCUGAUUGUCAACUGUGACUGGGACUUUGAGUUCCCCAAUGCUCGCAGGACCCCCAUCUCCAAACACAAGACCACCACUGACAUCAACGUGAAGCAAGAGUUUCUGCACAACAAAUUACGGGUAUCAAAGCCAGUAACAGCAGUCUCGUCCACCACAGAAGACUUUAGCUGCAAACUGAAGGGGGCCGUCGGCAGCAGAGUGAGCGUCUGCACCAUCUCCAGCCCUGAAUACCUUCCCUGGAGGAUUGGACACAGGACAGGAGAAAGCAGAGGAGGAGGAAGGUUGAAAAGGAAGAGUGUGAGGGACGGGCAGCGGCAUACUCCAGUGACUGACAGCCAGAGAGAGGAAGUGUCUCCUGUAAGUGAUGUCACAGCAGACUGUGUUUCUCUCAGCCUAUCAGAGGAGCUGAAGAGAAAGAAUGUGAGAGUCCUGAUCCCUCGACCCCCUUCAGUUUACCUCCCUCUGCCGAUAGUCAGUGAGACAUACCCUGUGGUGUGCAACAGUGAUCCGUACCAACAAAAGUCCUUCACCUCCUCUGGACACCACUUCCUAGAAGACCCUAAUCCCAACCUUAACCCUAGCCCCAACCUCAGCAGGACCACUCUCCACUCUGCUAUCGUCCGCAUCACUGACUCCCUGCAGGCAGACAUAAUGGUGAGGGAGAGGAGAGAGAAAGAAGGGGCGAGAUGGGAGAAGGGUGAGGUGAAAGGGGAGAGGGAGGAGAGAGAGAGGGAAAAAGAGAGAGAAAGGGAGGAGAAACAGGGUGUGGCAGGGCCCCACAGUGUGAGCCUCUGGGUUCUGUCUGCUGAUGGGAGGGUUGGUAAGGACUCAGAACUGGGACAACUCCCGCUGCAUAGCAACCAGCUGUCCCCCCCUCCCUCAAGCAGGGCCCAUCUCCUCCCCUCUCCUCCCCCCAGGCAGAAGCGAGGCAGCUCCACUGCUGUGGGUCCUGUGCUCAAUGGGAUGAACCCUAAAAUGUCAGAGCCUCUGAUUGGCCCUCCAAACUACUUCAGACCACUCCCCUCUGGAACCAGCAAGCGGCUUCAGACAAGCUCUCUCAGGGAGCCAAUCACAGGUCAGAUGGACUUCCUGUUCAUCUCCAAGCCGCUGAAGCAUCAUCAUGAAGAGAGCAUGAGUCCGCUGGUUGCCGAUCAACGGGCCUGUAGGGAGGAUUGGCGGUUGGGCCAGAGGCACUUGGUGAUGCUGUCAGAGGAAAUAGAUGUAGAGAACAUACGAGUUUACGGAGUCCGCUUCUUCCUGUCCCAACUCGGGAACAAGACCCCACGGCAUUCCACCUCCCUCUAUCUCUCAGAACAUCACUCACACACACAUGUCAAAACCAAUUCCCUUUACGACUCAGGCAUGGAACACACACUGAAAACCUGCUCCUCUUAUGAGUCUGGCUCAGAACACACACUGAGACCCAACUUCCCCUUCGACCCUCAGCAGGCUAUCAGCAUCCCUACAGCAGAGAAUGUUCUCUUACCAUGAACGGAGAGUAGGACUAUAUAUUAUCUAGCUAGCUAUAUAUUCUAGAACAUAGAAAUAACGUUAGAUUUUUUUUUUUACAAUAAAUUUGGACUGCAAACUUCA